UGUGUUGGGGUUGGGGUGUAGUUUCAGGGGCAGGUGAUGCCUUCAGCAGGUCUCUGUGUGUCAGUACCUGAGACUAGGAGUUAGUGAGGAUCACCUACUGUGUGUCCAGCAUCGCAUAACAGGGAGUGUGUUUCUUUUGUGAGUGGAAAAGAGUGGAAGUAAGCUGUGCUUUCUGAGGGCCAGGAGCCCUCUUCCCUUGCUCCACCAUCCUCAUGAUGCCUUGUAAUUUCACUCCCACUGGCACCAGUGCUUUUUUUAAUGUAUAACCUCUGUUCCUUUGGUGUGUAGAUCUUCCAGGCAUCCGCCCUUGGCUUCAAGAGAGUAGGGCAGAAGGUCUAGCUGGACAUAAAUUGCACGUGACCAACUCCCCAACCUAUCUGCGUAGAGACCAGUCUUCUGUCCAGAAAAUGCUUAGCAGUUUAAUAUCCUCUCCUGUUCCACUAGCCUCUCCACUCUCUACCUAGUGUAAUUGAUCAUACACCUGAAGAAGACUAGAAGAAAGCCAAAACAUAAAGGGACCCCGGGUUUGGAUUGCGAGGGGAUGCGUUUACAAAUAGGUCUGUGAGGCCGCAGGGUGGCGCCAGAGUAAGAACCUCAAGGGACGUGCGCGAGGGAGCGCUUCGCGGGACCAGGAACUACGCUUCCCGGGAGCCCUUGCGCGGACACCGGGCGGGGUUCUCCGAGAGGCGGGACCUGCGGACAGUAGCGUGUGGGGCGCUCAAGCGACGCGGAUGGCGGGGCCCGUGAAGGACCGGGAGGCCUUCCAGAGGCUCAGCUUCCUGUACCAGGCCGCCCACUGCGUCCUUGCGCAGGACCCCGAGAACCAGGCCCUGGCGACGUUUUACUGCCACACGGAGAGGACCAUCGCGAAGCGGCUCGUCUUGCGGCGGGACCCCUCGGUGAAGAGGACCCUCUGUCGUGGCUGCUCUUCCCUCCUCAUCCCGGGUCUGACCUGCACGCAGCGCCAGAGACGCUGCAGGGGACAGCGCUGGACAGUUCAGACCUGCCUAACAUGCCGGCGCAGCCAACGGUUCCUCAACAAUCCUGGGCAUCUGCUCUGGGGAGACCGGCCUGAGGCCCAGCUGGGGAGCCAGGCAGAUCCCAAACCACCACAGCCCAUGCCGAACACAGCCCACCCCAUUCCAGCCCACCUUCCUGAGGAGAAAGUGCAGCCUCCAAGCUCCAGUCACCAGUGACAGAUUCACCCUAUCUUCCAAAUAAAUAAAGUUUAAUUUUGUUUCA